AUGGUUCGGCUGCUCUGGAAAAGCACUUGGCAGUUUUUUACAAAGCUAAACGUGAAACUGUCACAUGGCACAGUGAUUGCACUUGUGGGCACUUAUCCCAGAGGGGUCAGGGCAGCCGUUUGUGCCCAGGACCGCCUGGCAGGCUGGCCACCUCCAUGUCCUGAGAGCAGGAGGGAGCCGCAGGGUCCUCUGUCUGGGGGCCCCGAGGCAGGGGACACAGGAAGACAGCUGCUUCCUGGAGCUCGAAGGUGCCAAAUGGCCCAGGGAGGGGCCCGAGAGAAGCCCCUGCUUCACCUCCUCCCCAAACGCCACCGCUCUUGUCACCCGGGGGUCAUUUCCCGGCUCAAGCUGGCCACCCCGUGCAGGCCGGCCUGGGGCUCCGCGGCCAGGCUGCAGGCGGAGGAGCGGCCACGGGACGGCCUUCAGGUUCAGAUCCUGCAGGAGCUGGUGCCGCUGCGGCAGCACAUGGACACGCUGAAAAAGACAUUUGAAAAAGACUUUGGUCUCGAGGUCAAUUCUGUUGUCAUCUCUGAUGCCAUUUACCUUUAA